AUGCAAGCCGUGGCGACGGCCAUACGGGAGGUGCAGACCCUGAACGUGCUAUGGAGGAGAUUAAGAAGUUGUGGACAUUUGUCAGGGCAGCCCAAAGAGACGAACGCGUCGGACUCAUCAGCCAAGGAGAGGGCCUCGAACUACACGCUCGACGAGGAUCUGCACGCCGCAUUAGCGGGAAUGCGCGACCCCGUAACAGGACAGGAGGGCCCAGGACGGGAGGCAGGCGCGCCAGCCGUAGCAGCAAUGCAGCCGGUGGUGGGCACUCACGACAAUACGCCUGCAGGCCCACAGCAGAGCGGGAUUCGGGGGAACGCCUCCCGCUCAGAGCCGACACCCACGGCGCCAAGUGCUGCGGGACACGACAUCGAGCAAGCGGCAGUUGAACUGCCGAAUCGCGGCUUCGCGGUUAACAGGCUUGCAGGAGCUGGACGUUUGGAUGCAGCGGGGAAUCCACCUGCGCCUGUGCGUGUUCAGGCUGGCCCGCUGAACAUAGGCAGAGGCCCAGUGGCAGCUGAUAAUGGUGCGUGGGAUAGAGCGCCACGGGUAAGUGGUGGCAGAGGCGUGAAGCGCGAUCGACCAACCUCUCGGAUUAACAUCGUUGUCGACUACAAUCCUACGGCGGGAAAAGACGGUUUGCUGCCAGGAAUGCCAUCUGCUAAGGAAAUUGGGUUCUAUGCGAAGAAGGCGCUGAACCUGCUGCUGCGCUCAUGUUCUGCGCAUGGCGUCACUUACUGGCCCACAGAUGAGGAGAGAAACGUGGCUCUCCUCACAAUCCUGCGCUGCUUUUACGACGUGUGCCAGCUUGACGUCGACAACGCUAUGAGAAAGCCCGCAUACAGUAAAGUAGUCAACAAGUUGUGGGCCAAGUUCCGGAGCGAUUCGUCAGCCAAAGGGCGGCGGCAAAUCGUCGAUGGGCUAGAGCUGGAGGUGUCUGCGCCAGGCAUAUACUGCCUCGAAGUUGACCAGGGGACUAAGGAUGAAUGUUGGGGGCGUUAUGGACCCAAGGAUGGGGAUGUGGUUUCGAGCUGGAGCUGCGAGGAAGGGGAUUUGAGGCCGUUCACUUCCCUUGUGUUCUUCCAAGCAUGCAAGGCGGCAUACCCUGAUUGGGUUUUUGGCGGCAACCUUGUUCUGGUGCCGUACCACAUCGCGUGGGUCCUAUUCUCUGUGAGUGGUGGUUGGUUUUCCGUGCAUACGAAAAGUGGUUGUGUGUGUGCAACUGAGUUGUUCACGUGUGCAACCCCAUGGCAGUUUGAUUUUGGCAUGCAGAACAUGAGGACGACGGCGAUCUGCAUGACCCCUAGCCCCCUGGACAAUGAGGGGGCGUUUGCCCACUGUGUGGAGGGGGUGCUUGCGGUGAUCAGAGAGUGGCUGGCCGUGGCACGGGGCAGGUGGUACUGCCCCAAGGUCCAGGGGUUCCGUUGGGGCAAGCAGCAUCUGUACGUCAACGUGUCUGAUUUGGAGGAGUAUAUGCCGGUGCAGUAUGGCGGGUUGAUGGACCGGCCAGGCGACAUGUCGACGCCUUGGCUUGUGUGA